AUGUCCAUUGCUUUACGAGAAGAAAACUUUGUUGUCAUUGAUGUCGGCUCUCAUUACACCACAGCAGGUAUUGGCAUGCACGAUACCAACAAGCCUCCCAGUGUGAUUAUCGAUAUGGCAGACUUCAACUAUCCCAUUAAAAACCACAAGAUUAUCAACUGGAAGGAUCUGGAAGACUGCUGGCAUCAUAUUCUCUUUAAAGAACUCGGUAUCAAGAAAUCACGCAACGAAAGUCCCGUCUUGAUUUCUGUACCUGUACAAUGGACAAAGUUGGAACAUGAACGCAUCACACAAAUCUUUUUCGAAUCAUUUAACGUACCUGGUGUUUAUAUUGCUGCUCAACCUCUUUUGACUCUCUUUGGCUGUGGUACCGUCUCCGGUAUCGUGGUAGACAUUGGCAGCGAAACCACCGAUGUCAAUAUUGUAGUCGAUAGCAACCUUCAGUCCCAAUCCGUAUUCACCAUUCCCAUGGGCGGCAAUGUGUUUGACGAAUACUUUCUCCAAUUAUUAAAAAAGGACACUCACCUUGUUAAACAAUUCGAAAACACAGACCUUCAACUCGACACAUCCUUUGCCAAAUACGUUCGCGAAUUACCCGGUAUUUGUAAUGUCUCGAUUGGUCAUGAAUUAGAAGACAACAUGUUGGCAGCAGAAUUACAAAACGCCAUGGAAGAGCCUGAAAUUAUUGACGAAAUAUUAGACGACGAGACCAAUCCCAAAAAAGUAGCCGAAGAGGAAGAAGUUGUGGAUUUACCAGAGACGGUUGAAAUUAAAUACAAGGAACAUACCUUUAAUAUUGGUGCCUAUCGUCAUGAUGUGCUUGAUCCUUUAUUCUCUCCAGAUCUUGUAGGUUUGGAUAGCCCUUCUCUUCCCGAAGCUAUGCGUUUGUCUGCCAUGAAUUGUGAACCCCCCGAGAUCAGACCUAAAUUAUGGGAGAAUAUCGCUAUUGCAGGUGGCUGUUGUCACACCGCAGGUUUGGCAAGACGAAUCAAAACAGAGGUUCAACUGUUUUUACCUCACUCUGAAAAUGCUGGAGAUACACAACCUCGUCAAUUAAGUUUUUUGAGAAUUGCUGAUUAUUUCACGGUACUCAAAGAUAAAAAGUAUCAGCAAUAUUCCACCUGGUUAGGUGCUGAGAUCGUCGCCAAGCUUGUAUUUAUUGACGCAAAGAAUUAUAUCAGUAAAGUGGAUUAUAAUGAAUCAGGUCCUUCCGUAGUUCACACCAAAGCAUAUUAA